AUGGCCAAGCUACCCAAUGAUGGAGCACCGAUCGGUUCCCCAUCAUCGGUAGGCGACCUUGAAGAUGUUCUUGCCCGUCUUUCCAUCACCUCAGAGGUCGCCGCCUUGGACGACAAUCAACUCUCGGACACCAGCGCGGCCUCUAUCAUUUCACUCUCAGAUUUUGGUGACAGCGAAAACCCCACCCCUGCCAGCUCUACCACCUUAGUUGCCACUACCCCGCUCAAUGUCGUCUCCCUUACCCCAGUUGUCGCAGCAGCUCCCAUUGCAAUCGCCUCGCCCAACCUUGCAGCUCCCACCGCCAACGCUGUGGGAGUCCAAGCAGCUGUUGUCGCUGGAGCCACACCUGUUGCAGCUCCACUUUAUAACACUCUUCCAGUGAAUGCGCCGGCCAAUGCCACCUUGCCUCCCGCACACCUCCACGCCUUGCCAUACGGAUAUCAUGUCCCAGCCGCCAAUGCCGAGGGCCCAUUUUAUGUGGUCACUUGCGGCCGCAACGUUGGUGUAUUCAACGGCUGGGAAAAUACAUCCCCUCUUGUCACGGGUGUCUCUCACGCCGUCUUUAGUCGUGUUGCGAGUAUGGCUGAAGGCCACGCCAGGAUGAAUGCGGCAAUUACCUCUACUUUGCAUUGUAUUUGA